GGAAGAGUCAUGGAGGGAAUACAGCGAACUCACGGUGGAGGUCGACCACUUCAAUCCUCGGCCUUUCCGGAUAUUGACUCCCAUAUGAUGUCUGAUGAUUUCUCCUUUGGUUCCCCAUUUAGUUCAACGAGUUCUACCGCUCAGGAUGGUAUGCUCAAUGAUUCGAUCUUUCCAGAAUGGAAAAGUGGUGCCCCGCGCGGUGGCGAUAAUCCAGAUGAGAUGCAGCGGCAAGACCCCUUGGCUGCUCAGAUCUGGAGACUUUACACCAAGACAAAAGCGAACUUGCCCAAUCAAGAACGAAUGGAGAACUUGACAUGGCGGAUGAUGGCUAUGAGCUUAAAACGAAAAGAACGGGAACAACUGGCUCGCCCUACCCAGAGCGGGAUUGCGCAGUUGCAUUUGUCCGACCAGGCGUCGACAACGAACUCGAAUCAUAUGAAACUCGAUGAUACACCCGAUGCCAUGAAUUUGGAUGAUUUUAUCGUUCCCUUUGACUCCCCCGCCGAUUAUUCCUCCCAUCCUGCUGUGGAUCGUCAGUUCACGGCAACACCGACCGCUUCCAUUCCGAUUAAGUCGCGCAAAGACCAGCCUAUGCUCGAUACCGCCGCUGCCGCGUCAUUCCCCCAUCCGCCUCAAGAUCAGCGCAAAAACAGCGAGUUUGGAUACGUGGCCCGUCGGGUUCGCAAAACGAGUGUGGAUGAACGCCAGUUCUUUGCAGGACUAGCUGUGCCCACACGCAAGCGACCAGCGGAUGCGUCACCGCAGGUGCCCCCCUAUUACUCUCUUGACCAAACUACACCAGGUUUCGCCAUGCCCGCAAAUGGUAUGGGUCCUCGGCGCCAUCAUCACACCGCGUCCACUGGCAUGCCAUUUAGUCUGGAUACCUUUGGCGUGAAUGAUGAGAGUGCACUCAAUUCCGCAGGCCCCUACCAGCAGCAUUUCACCUUCUCACCUUCCGAUUCCCCCAUGACCGCCGGCAACCCUUUCUCUAACCUGUAUGCGCAAACUCCACUGGCCUCAUCGCUCAAUUCUACCGAGUUCUUCUCUCCGCCUCCAUCGGGAUAUCAGUCGGCAGUCUCGACACCCCAGCCGAUUUAUGAGGGCGAGCAGUCAAUGUUCUUCACGGAUACGACCCCCACUGAACCCCACAACCAACGCCGCAUCCCUGCGUAUCUGCAGCAGCGGUCUUCUAACCUGUCUGCCUCGCUCCAGCCGCGCCAGGUGUACAACUCCACCAACGGAGAUUAUCAGUCACCGGUUACUGGAGCGCCUUCAACGAUGGGAUUCUCAGUCCCGCAGCAGCAUGUUGAUCCCACACAUGUUCUCGGAGGGCCUGGCGAGUAUUCCUCCACCGCACCCACUAACAGCAUGUUUACAUUUGGUGGGGAUUCGGACAAUGAGGAUGACGAUGGUCAUACUUUUGAACGAGGAGGCAUUGCAAUGCCCCAUGACUUUUCCUCUAUGGAUGAGACUUGUGACAUGAACUCUGGAAUGGGAUGGGAUACCGGAUUCCCAGGCUCUGUUCAGUCGCUACCUGGCUUCAAUGGACAUCGCAAGCAUGUUACAAUUGGGUCUACUGACAUGAUGGACGGUCCGCCCGACUGGCAUCAUGGAAGUCUCGGUCGUACACAUGGCUCAGCUGCCUCAGUCAGCGAGGUUCGCAAUCGCGAACAAGAUCCUCGCCGUCAGAAAAUUGCCCGCACGGCCUCAACGCCUAACGCUCCUGGUCUGCUGCGCCAGAGCAUGAACGGCAAUGCCAGUGGUCCGCCCACGAACCACCCAUCUCCCAAUACCCCGCCCGAGUCUGGACUUAGCAGCGCUGUCCCCUCUCGACCCGCCAGUCCUGGUGGAUCCAAAAACGGUGACCCUAAUGCCGGCCCAACUACUUGCACCAACUGUUUCACUCAGACGACUCCUCUGUGGCGUCGUAACCCUGAGGGUCAACCGCUGUGCAACGCCUGUGGUCUGUUCCUUAAGCUGCACGGUGUGGUUCGUCCUUUAUCAUUGAAAACCGACGUGAUUAAGAAGAGAAACCGCAGCAGUGCCAACAGUCUCGUGGUGGGCACUUCUCGUUCCUCUAAGAAAUCCUCGCGCAAGAAUUCUAUUGCACAGGCACCAACAAGCCUUAUGGUAUCUCGUGCAACCAGUAAUACUGCCUCCGAGUCACCACCGGCUAUCACUGGUAGCAUGGGCGCUGGAAAGCCCGGAGUUAUAGCUAUUGCAGCCGCGCCUCCCAAGGCUGGUCCCCCAGCUGGCGUUGCUCAGGCUCGUGCUGGUGUGCAGGUCGCGCCUCGACGCCAGCGUCGCCUUGAAAAGGCACCCACUGGAUCUGAGCCAGAUACAGAUGAUAGCCCUAAGGCGCCUACGCCUCUGGGGAGGUCUAAGGUGGUGCCAUUGGCUCCAGCCAUGCCUCCGGCUGCUGCCAACCCGGCCAACCACAGUAUCGCUGGUGGACAGGGUGGUGCAAGCCAGGAAUGGGAGUGGCUUACAAUGAGUCUGUAG